UGCGGUCAUUUUAAGCGUCUGGUACGAUAAUUGGUGAUUUUCCAUCUGGCAACGCUGUCUCCUACCUGACCCCCGGGCGUCUACAGCUUAGCCGCACAUUGAUCGAGCGUCGGGUUGUUUCAGCACAAGAGAGCUCCGGUGGACAUUUAGAACAUCAUAAUGGGCAUCAAAUUCUUGGAAGUGAUAAAGCCAUUCUGCGCAGUUUUGCCAGAAAUCCAAAAACCUGAAAGAAAGAUCCAGUUCAGAGAGAAGGUUCUAUGGACAGCCAUCACUCUCUUCAUCUUCUUGGUUUGCUGCCAGAUCCCCCUCUUUGGCAUCAUGUCCUCAGACUCUGCAGAUCCCUUCUACUGGAUGAGAGUGAUUCUGGCCUCAAAUCGAGGCACGUUGAUGGAGCUGGGCAUCUCUCCGAUCGUCACCUCCGGCCUCAUCAUGCAGCUUCUUGCUGGAGCUAAAAUUAUCGAAGUUGGGGACACGCCCAAAGACCGAGCCCUCUUCAACGGAGCACAGAAAUUGUUUGGAAUGAUCAUCACCAUUGGGCAAGCUAUUGUUUACGUGAUGACCGGCAUGUACGGUGACCCCUCAGAGAUGGGAGCUGGCAUCUGUCUGCUCAUCAUCAUCCAGCUGUUUGUGGCCGGUCUCAUUGUGCUGCUUCUGGAUGAAUUGCUCCAGAAAGGCUAUGGCCUCGGCUCGGGUAUUUCGCUUUUCAUUGCGACCAACAUCUGUGAGACAAUCGUCUGGAAGGCUUUCAGCCCAACCACUGUAAACACUGGCAGAGGCACAGAGUUUGAGGGAGCCAUUAUUGCUCUUUUCCAUCUGCUGGCUACAAGGACGGACAAAGUGCGUGCUCUAAGAGAGGCCUUCUACAGACAAAACCUGCCCAACCUCAUGAACCUAAUUGCCACAGUCUUUGUUUUUGCUGUAGUCAUAUACUUUCAGGGAUUCAGAGUGGAUCUGCCAAUCAAGUCCGCUCGCUACCGCGGCCAGUACAACACCUACCCCAUUAAACUCUUUUACACCUCCAACAUUCCCAUCAUCCUGCAGUCUGCCUUGGUUUCCAAUUUGUACGUCAUCUCCCAGAUGCUUUCCACGCGCUUUAGCGGGAACUUCCUGGUCAAUCUGCUGGGAACUUGGUCUGAUGCUUCAACCGGUGGUCCGGCCCGGGCGUAUCCUGUCGGUGGGCUCUGUUACUACUUCUCCCCACCUGAGUCAUUUGGUUCAGUUCUAGAGGAUCCAGUCCACGCAUUCAUCUAUAUUGCCUUCAUGCUUGGAUCUUGUGCCUUCUUCUCCAAAACCUGGAUUGAAGUCUCCGGCUCCUCCGCAAAAGAUGUGGCAAAACAGUUGAAAGAGCAGCAGAUGGUGAUGAGAGGACACAGAGAGACAUCAAUGGUCCAUGAACUCAACAGGUACAUUCCCACUGCGGCCGCUUUUGGCGGGCUGUGUAUCGGUGGUCUGUCCGUGAUGGCGGACUUCCUUGGAGCGAUUGGCUCUGGCACAGGGAUCCUGCUCGCCGUCACCAUCAUCUAUCAGUACUUUGAGAUCUUUGUCAAAGAGCAGAGUGAAGUAGGCAGCUUAGGGGGAUUCUUCUAAGAAUGUUCCUAUUCCAGCAACUUGUACUAGCGCCGCCAUUUUGAGUAUUCUUCUCACCUUUUGUGAGGCACUCACGUCAUCACCCGGGCUCAGGACCGUUUUGCCCCCCCCAGGAUUGUCACAUGAGAUGACGUGUGAACUUCCCGUCAUCUUCUGCUUUCUUCAUAUUUCAUAAUUGACUCAAUAUUGAAGCUCUCUUAUAUUGACAUAAAAGCUGCCUUUGUGAGGUGCAUUCGGUCUUUUUUUCCGCCCCCCGACCGACAUGGUAGAGCUUCAGUGUGCGGGCAUACUUGGCUGCUUGGACCGUCAAACACAUUUUUUUUUUACAUUUGUCCACUUUUUUGUUGUUGUUGUUGUUGUUGUUGUUCUUGUGCUGCCACUCCAGUGAAGGUGAAAAGUAGCUGUUUGACAUCAUGGAGUCAAGUGCUGUCUUGUUCCCUGUCAGUGACCCUGUGGAGGGUUUGAAUCUGACAGUUUGGAUGCGGUGCAGCAGACAAGAAAUAAUUCAACUGUCAGCCGACAAGCCAUUCGAAUCACAGGUCCUGCUAGUCUUGUAACAGAGAUCUUUCCCACAGACCUCCAGUAUUAACUCACUGGUCAUGUUCAUAUUCAUAUCAUUAGUUUCCCUUUUUUUUCUUUGUCUGUUUUGAGGUAUGUCUGCUUUUGUGAUUAUUAAUUGUUAGUUUUUUGACAGAUAAUUUAUAUAUUUUCUGUACGUAUGCCAUGUGUUGGAGACGGUCUUUGGAAUAUGUAAAAACAAAACUAAAUGCAUUUCAGAACAAACUUAAAGAAAAUCUUGGCAAUAAAUGAUCUUUAAUUUUU